UACCUCCUUCUCAAGCCGAACCCCAAUCCUUCCUCACCUUCUUCGAUCGCGCUACUUCGACCUAAUCCCCGGCGGUGGGAAAGGACCGAGAAGAGCGAAGAGAUAGAACCUGUGAGCCAUGGUGGAGACACGGCGGAGCUCGGUGUCGUCCUCCAAACGGUCCUCGUCUGACCCGUCACCUGCGACUCCCCCGCCCUCGAAACGAUCAAAGGAGGAGGCAGGAGUCUCGCCCAAGGGGCAGCGGGAGGAGUCCCCCAGGGAAGAAGCCGCGCCAGCCGCUGACUACCAGCAGUUGAACCCCGAUCAACCUGGAGCGGACACUACUGCAACGCGUGAUGGGAAGCCGGCUGAUGCCCCUGGCCACGUGGUCCAGUCGCUGGCCCGAGAACGAGCAACCAAGGAGGCCAGGAAUCUUGGCCUCAGCUCGGUUGAAAAUUCAAUGAAACGGGCAGCAAAAUCACAACAGAAGGCUACAUGGGCUAAGCUUAUUUCACAAUACUCUCAGAAUCCCCAUCUUCUUCUUUCUAGUCCUCACUUCAUUGUUGGCCAAAGCCCAACCUGUAAUUUGUGGUUAAAGGAUCCAUCUGUCAGUAAAACUCUUUGCAGAUUGAGACAUUCCCAGCUUGGAGGUUCAUUGGUAGCAAUGCUUGAAAUAGUAGGAAGGAAAGGAGUUGUGCAGGUAAAUGGAAAGACUUUUGAGAGAAACUCAAAUGUUGUUCUCAUGGGAGGAGAUGAAUUGAUUUUUAGUGCUUCAGGGAAACAUGCUUAUAUAUUUCAGCUACUUAAGAGCAACAAUUCAGCUGUGUCGGUGCUACCUUCUCCACUUGAUAUUUCAGAACCAAAGGUUCUCUCUGCUAAAGAAGUACAAGUUGAGACCAGGUCAGGAGAUCCAUCAGCAGUUGCUGGAGCAUCAAUACUGGCAUCCCUUUCUAAUAACAUAAAGGAUCUGCCUGAUGCGCCAUCAUCACCUAUUGAUGAGAACAUUCAUGAAGGUUUAGAAAAGCCUGCCUUGGAUUCUGUUUGUGAUGCAUCAGAAGAUUGUAAUCCAGAUCUUGAGAAGGACUCUGAUAUUCUAAAGGAAACCUCUGACAAUGAUGGGGGUGCUGAGUCUCCAACUGAUAAUCCUGAUGCAGUCUUAUCUUCUGAUCUUGUUGGAGAUGAGGUCAUGCAACUUGAUAGUAUUGGUCCUGAUGUGCGCCAUGACGAUGAAAUUGGGAAGGUUUCUUCUAUAAACUAUGAAACACGUCCCUCUUUAAGAAUGCUUGCAGGAUCCCCUACAUCUGAUCUGGAUUUGACUGUAAAUGCUUUCAAAGCAUUUGAUGAUCAUAGGGAUUUCCUCAAGGAUCUGGAAUCAACAACUUUCGUUCCCUCUAAUAGAUGCCAAGCUUUUAAAGAUGGUUUGAAACAAGCAAUACUUAAUCCAAGUGAUAUUCAAGUUUCGUUUGAGAAGUUUCCCUACUAUUUGAGUGAGAACCUGAAAAAAAUUCUCAUGACUUGUGCAUUGAUUCAUCUGGAACGCAAGGAAUUCAUAAAGUACACUGCAGAUAUUUCAUCAGUAAAUAAUCGGAUUCUAUUAUCUGGCCCAACAGGAUCUGAAAUAUAUCAAGAAACUUUAAUAAAGGCCCUUGCCAAACAGUUUGCUGCUAGACUGCUCACUAUUGAUUCUCUUCUGUUACCCAGUGGAUCAUCUUCGAAGGACUCAGAAACAUUAAAAGAGAGUGUGAGAAUGGAUAAACAAGGCAUCUUUUGUAAGCACCGUACUACUCUUAUUGACAGCGUACAACUGAGAAAACCAACUUCCAGUGUGGAAGCAGAUAUUGCAGGGGCAUCUUUAAAUUCUCAAUCUCUUCCAAAGCAAGAGAUAUCUACUGCAACAUCAAAGAACUACACAUUCAAAGAAGGUGAUAGGGUGAAAUAUGUUGGCUCAUUUCCUUCAUCAGGCUUUCCUAUUCAGCCACCUCAAAGGGGCCCAAAUUAUGGGUACCGUGGGAGAGUACUUCUUGCUUUUGAAGAAAAUGUAUCCUCUAAGGUUGGAGUUAGAUUUGACAAACAAAUUCCAGAGGGUAAUGAUCUUGGGGGCUUAUGUGAAGAAGAUCAUGGAUUCUUUUGCGCUGCUGAUUUACUUCGCCCAGACUUCUCUGGGAGUGAGGAGUUUGAAAAGCUUGCAAUCAAUGAAUUGUUAGAGGUUGUGACAGAAGAAAGUAAAAAUGGCCCUUUGAUUGUUUUUCUCAAAGAUAUUGAGAAAUCUAUAUCUGGAGUUACGGAUUCAUAUAUGACAAUGAAAAACAAGCUUGAGUUGAUGCCACAAGGUAUUCUUAUAGUCGGGUCACAUUCACAGGUUGACAACCGCAAAGAAAAGUCACAUCCUGGUGGGCUUCUUUUUACAAAAUUUGGAAGUAACCAGACGGCCUUACUUGAUUUGGCUUUCCCGGACAACUUUGGGAGACUGCAUGAAAGAAGCAAGGAGAUUCCUAAGACGAUGAAACAGCUCUCCAGACUUUUCCCCAACAAAGUUACAAUUCAACUUCCACAGGAUGACGCCCAAUUGUCAGAAUGGAAACUGCAGUUGGAACGGGAUGUCGAAACUCUUAAAGCCAAGUCUAAUGUGCUGAGCAUACGAUCUUUCUUGAACCGGUGUGGUUUGGACUGCAAUGAUCUUGAAACUGUAUCAAUAAAGGACCAGACACUCACAAAUGAAAACGUGGAUAAAUUAGUUGGCUUUGCUAUGAGCCAUCAUCUCGAGCAUGGUACAGUCGAAGUCUUGCCAAAAGAUACAAAGCUUAUUCUCCCCAGUGAAAGCCUUAUGAAUGGGUUAACUAUGCUGCAGAGCAUUCAAAAUGAUAGCAAAAGCUUUAAGAAAUCACUUAAGGAUGUUGUUACCGAGAAUGAAUUUGAGAAAAGACUUCUUGCCGAUGUUAUUCCACCUAAUGAUAUUGGAGUUACAUUUGACGACAUUGGAGCAUUGGAGAAUGUUAAAGAAACACUGAAAGAGUUGGUGAUGCUUCCCCUACAGAGACCAGAAUUAUUUUGCAAAGGACAAUUAACAAAGCCAUGCAAAGGAAUUCUGCUCUUUGGACCUCCUGGCACUGGGAAAACCAUGCUUGCUAAAGCCGUUGCUACAGAAGCAGGUGCAAAUUUUAUCAACAUAUCGAUGUCAAGCAUCACAUCCAAGUGGUUCGGUGAGGGUGAAAAGUAUGUAAAAGCGGUGUUCACAUUAGCCAGUAAAAUUGCCCCAAGUGUCAUCUUUGUUGAUGAGGUUGACAGUAUGCUGGGCAGGAGAGAAAAUCCUGGAGAGCAUGAAGCAAUGCGCAAAAUGAAAAAUGAAUUCAUGGUUAAUUGGGAUGGCUUGCGAACCAAAGAUAAAGAACGUGUCUUGGUUCUUGCUGCCACCAAUAGGCCUUUUGAUCUUGAUGAGGCUGUUAUAAGGAGACUUCCUAGAAGAUUAAUGGUAAAUUUACCAGAUGCAUCAAACAGAAGGAAGAUUCUGAGUGUAAUAUUAUCAAAAGAAGAAUUAUCACAAUAUGUUGAUUUUGAUGUUCUUGCAAAUAUGACUGAUGGUUAUUCAGGAAGUGACCUAAAGAAUCUGUGUGUGACUGCUGCACAUUGCCCCAUCAGAGAGAUUUUGGAAAAAGAAAAGAAGGAAAGGACUUCAGCAAUUGCAGAAGGUAGACCUCUACCUACACCAUAUGGAAGUGAAGAUAUUCGUCCCUUGAACCUUGAAGACUUCAAAUAUGCACAUGAGCAGGUUUGUGCGAGUGUGUCAUCUGAAUCUACGAAUAUGAAUGAGCUUGUUCAGUGGAAUGAGCUCUAUGGUGAAGGAGGGUCAAGAAAGAAGAAUUCUUUAAGCUACUUCAUGUAGGAGAUCUCCAUUUUGUGUAUAGUUCUACUGAAAUCCCUUUUGCAGAGCUAGCUCAUCUGCCGAUCAAAGUAGCGGCUUCGCCAGCCCAUCUUGUAUUUAUUUUUCAUAACAGUUAUUUAUCAACUGUUAAUUUUCAUCCAAUGCAACUCAAGUCUUUAUCGAGGUCGUAUAAUCCAUAGCUUUUUUACGGUUACCUGUAAUUUUGGACCUCAACAUGGUUGAAGGCUUAUUUAUCUGUACAUGAUCAUGGUAAAAGUAAUAAAGGGCCUAACUUAUAGGGUUAGGUUCUUGUUAUGCAA